CAGGGCACGGCCAACUGAUACACCGGACGAUGGCGUGAUUGGUCAUUGGUCAGAGUAUAUAAUCAGCCGCAGACCCGUGAGUAGUCAGCAACCGUGUCGUUGUUGCAGGCAUCGGUAUAUCAGGCGAGCAUCGCCUCUCCCGGGGCUGGGGCUCGUUCUGAUCCCGGAAGUUUCUUCUAAGUGGCAUGGCCUCUUUCCAGACCCUACCAGUAGAAGUAUUGGUGCAGAUACUCCGCUAUGUCAACCACAAUGGUGAUAUCGGCAACCUGAGACUUUGCAGUUCGGACCUCAUGGAGUUGAGCCUUCAGCAAGAACGUCUAUUCCGGAUUGAACUGUGCUCUGACCAAGGAAUCGCUCCCCGGGUUUGGGACUUGUUUUGCUCUCAAAGGACCACUGGCCUGCCGCACUGUGAGCAUUCCACUCCGGGGAUAGUGCAGGUCAUGGUUCUAGGCAACUUUCUGCGGGAGAUAAGAGUCAUCGCAUCGGACAUAGACGACAUGAUCCAUCAAUUGACAGAGAGCAAUCGCACUCAUUUGGAGUUGGGAAGGUGGAGCGGCUUCCUGCUUUUUGACGUCGUUCAUCAACUGCUUAAAGCUUCGACCACGGUCACGGAUAGGCAGGGAGGAGUGCUUGCACCGUCUGCCCAUGGCGACACAUUCACUCACCAAGUUUUGUCGGAGAAAUGUGUGCGCUUCCUAAAAACCCAAAUGACAUUGCAAGACCUGGAAACAGUCAUUGCUGCCGUCAAUGUCUGCACCACCAAGCUUUGGAGCAUGAUUUUCCUUUUCACGCCUCAAGACCUCACCGUAGAGAGUUUUGGGAGCCUGAACGGAACGUCCUUCAACAUGGAACAGGCAAUCUUGACUGAGCAUGUGAUUUGGAAGGGUCCCCAAUGGGUCUCGCGGGGCUUAGAAGGCUUCGGCCUAGCGAACAGAAGAUCCGGUACAGAACUUCAGAGAAACGCCGACAUGACACUCUUGAGAGAGGGUAUCUGGAGAGGCACUCGCGAAGACGGAGCGCGCCUGGCUGCCAAUGGUCUUGCGCGGCUAUUGUGGAAGGAAAGACAGGAGAAAAUCGAGGGCAAAGCACGUAGCUCCAGCACAGCAGUGACCAUCACAGACAUGAGAGUCAAUUCGGUGGUAUGGCGUGGCUCAUCAGGAGAUAUGUGAUUGAGAUGAGGUGCCCAGAUUCGAUGACAGUGAGGAUCUCGCGGCAUUCCUUCAAGAUCUUUCGGAAAAGGGUAUCUCCGUAGACUAGUCUCACCGUGAAAGCAGAGAGGAUGCAGAAUGCUGUGACGCAUCAACGGUACAGUGCAUGCAUAAGGGCCUGAAAAGCGAGGUCAACUGUCUUAUAGAAGAUCAUGUAAUAUGCAGGAGUGAGGUUGAGAUGCAAUCGUGAUUGCUGAUGUCUUUUAUGGCGAGAAACGAGAUGCAGGGUCAAAGUCGUCAAUUUGGCUGGCAAGUCUUAGGCUUCAGGAACAAUUUACGCUAACCGAGU